AUGGGUGGAUCAAAAAUGCUCCCAGAGAUGACUUGUGGUGCCAAAAUACCUCGAAAGUUAACAUGGGGUUCUGUCAUUGAGAAAUUAGUGGACAAAGGAACUGGGAAGGGAGUCCAGUCCACAAUGGCAAAGUGCUCCUUCCACCAGAUUCCUCGUGUAACCUACCCACGUUCUCCUUCAGAGUGGAGAACGUACAUGCCUGAGGCCCACUUUAUCCAGCCUAGAAUAGUUGAGCAGCCUGAUCCAGCUAGGCUGAAGAAAAAAUGCAUGUAUGAAAAGAAGAUGGAAAAGGAGAAAAAAAAGGCCAUGAAGAAAAAGUCUGACUUUUCCCUCGCAAAGUUUAUCAAGUUAGCAAGGAUUAAAGAGAAAGAGAUCUACACUUGGGAGAAAAAGUUGAAGCCAGAAAGGCUCCAGGUUCUCAUAAACUAUUUAGCUUCCCCUGUGGAACUUGAACAACUUUAUGCAGUUCAGGCUCUUGGACAGCUUGGGAUCGCUGAAGAAUCAGUCAUAUCCUCACUUCAUAAUACUCUCCAGGAAUGCAACAGUCUGUCUUUGCAGUAUGAAGCAGCACGGUCCUUGGCUUUGCUGGGUUGCCUAGAGACCCCUGUAGUGAAAUUACUAAUUAGACACCUGAAGGAUGUGAGCCUGAAUCGGAGAGAAGAUACACUUGCUGCUUUGAAGGUAUCUCUGCAGGCGUGGUCAAUGACACCUGAACUAGAGUGGUAUUGGAUAGGUGCCAGGUCCAGCUUAAUCCGAAAUCUAAAGCGGUUGGUGACACUGCAGGAUCCCUUGGACAUUAUAUCUUUCAGUGCAGCCAUUUGUUUGGGGUAUCUGGAUAAGUCUAAUCCAAUUGCCAAAGAGACUAUGUUUAUGUGCCUGUCCCAAAACGACUGGAAGAAGAAAAUUCAGGCUUUGAUCAUGCUGAUAAAGCAAAUGGGCAUAAUGGAUGCUGUACUUAUCAAGGGUGUUUUGGACCAGCUUCAGCAUUGUACUGUAUAUACUCAUCGUGCUGACUCUGCAAGACUGUUGACCACCAUAGGGCUCAAAACAAUCCAACAGGAAGGCUUGGAGGAGGAUGUGUUUAACGUGCUUCUGGAGAAGUUGUCUGAGGAACCAUUUCUGGUUGUAAGGCAGGCAGUUGCCUUGGCUAUUGAAGAACUGAAGAUGAAGAAACGAGUCUGGGAUAUAGUGGAGAAGCAGCUAAAGGAUGAGAAAGAUGAGAUCCGAAAGCAGGCUGUGAUGGCAUUGGGCGUCCUUGGUAUUCGCCAUAAGAAUGUGUUCUUUGCCAUGCUGGAAAUGCUGGAACUAGACACCUGUGAGGAUGUUCGUGUACAGGUUAUCAGGGCAUUUUCCACUCUGGGAAUGAAUAACAUGCAUGUGAGGAAGAGUCUUCUGAAGAAAAAACAGACAACAGGGAUUCUAGCCAGAGAAUGUGCCAAAGCCUUGAAGAUGCUUGAGAAAGUCUCUGAGGCCCAGAAAGAGUAUAUGCUCCAAUGUUACAGAGUCCACUGAGACUUCGUCUUCUUUCUUUCUGGAUAAUGACAGCGGCAGGAUUAAAACAUGGCCUCUGGUUUUCCAGUGUGCAGCACAGCGGCAAGGUGUGUGUGAGGAAUGAUUUCUUCAAGUAAGCCUGUUCACAGAGUGUAUUUCUUCAGCAGUUACAGGCAUCUGGAGAGUCAAGCAGAUUCUCAGGCCAUCUGGUUGCUACAGACGGUUUGAUUGUAGGUUACCAUGUGGCUGAUAUAUUUCCAAGCCAUGUUCAGCUUGCUCCUGUCAUUGUAAGCAAAUCAUCAGGGUUAUUUCCACUCCUGGAUCCGCUGGGGCAGGAACUAAACAAGGAGUGAAAAAUAGCCAUGCAGGGUAUAUCAUUUUUCCUUUUUGACUAUAGGGAAGUCUGCCCAAAGUCCUUUGUUGAUUUCUGAGUUUCUUCUUUUCAAACUUAGCCCUGUAGUGUAACCACGAGAAACAGAAACGUGUUUAAAAAUAAACAGGAGAGCCUAUGAUUUUCAGGAAGCUGAAAUUCACACCAUGGAUUCAGAUUCUAUGAUACAGAUUAUUGUUAUUAUUUUAUUCCAUUUCUAAACUGCCCAUUGAUCGAAGUCCUCUGGGUGGUUUACAGAAAUCAGGGAAAUACACAAAUAUAAUUAAGUCAGUAAAAUCUCAAUACCAAUGACAUAACUCAGAAACCAACAUAAAACUUUACCAAAAACAGCAUAAAAUAAACCAGCAUAAAAUAAAUAUGAGUACAAGCCAAAAAGAGAGAGAGAGAGAGAAAAAUUUGUGGUGAGUUCUAAAUGCACAAAAACAUUUAAUUGAAACGGAAAGAUACGAGAUAAUACAAAGGUCUUUGAAAUGAAU